AUGGCAGACUAUCACUUUGGAGGUUCGGAGGAGGAGAAUGCGGAACUACGAAAGCUCGAAGCGGAGUUGGUCGACGAUCCCGAUAACUUCGAAACUUGGGAGAAGCUCGUGCGCGGCGCAGAGGCUCUCGAGGGUGGCAUCAACCGUAACUCUAAUCCCCAAGCCAUUACCACCGCACGUCAUGCCUACGAUCGCUUCCUCGCCAAGUUUCCGCUCCUCUUCGGAUACUGGAAGAAGUAUGCAGAUAUGGAGUUCUCUAUCACGGGCACAGAAGCUGCAGAGAUGGUCUAUGAAAGAGGUAUUGCUAGUAUUUCUCCAUCGGUUGAUCUAUGGACCAACUAUUGCGGCUUCAAGGCCGAGACUUCACAUGAUGCCGACAUUAUUCGAGAUCUUUUCGAGCGUGGCGCCAGCAGUGUAGGCCUAGACUUCCUGGCGCAUCCCUUCUGGGAUAAGUACAUUGAGUUUGAGGAGCGCGUGGAGGCUCAAGACAAGAUCUUUGCCAUUCUUAGCCGUGUUAUUCAUAUCCCAAUGCACCAGUACGCACGAUACUUCGAACGCUAUCGCCAACUAGCACAAAAUCGUCCUCUGGCAGAACUCGCAUCCGCAGAAGUGAUGUCUCAGUUCCGUUCUGAGCUGGAGGCUGCUUCAUCUCAGGUUCCGCCAGGAGCCAAGGCUGAGGCUGAGAUCGAGCGUGAUCUGCGGUUACGCGUUGAUAACUACCACCUCGAGGUCUUCUCGAAGACUCAGACAGAGACAACCAAGCGAUGGACCUAUGAAGCCGAGAUCAAGCGGCCUUACUUCCACGUGACAGAAUUGGACGAGGGCCAGUUGACCAACUGGAAAAAGUACCUCGAUUUCGAGGAAUCAGAAGGCUCCUAUCCUCGCAUUCAAUUCUUGUAUGAGCGCUGUCUGGUUACCUGUGCUCACUAUGAGGAGUUUUGGCUUCGCUAUGCCCGCUGGAUGACCGCUCAGUCUGGCAAGGAAGAGGAAGCUCGGAUUAUUUACCAACGUGCUAGUUGUCUUUACGUUCCAAUUGCGAACCCUGCUAUUCGUUUGCAGUAUGCCUACUUCGAGGAAAUGUCGGGUCGCAUUGAUGUCGCCAAGGAUAUCCAUUAUGCUAUCCUUUUCUGCCUCCCUAGUCAUGUUGAGACCAUCAUCUCUCUGGCCAACAUGUCCCGCCGGCAUGGUGACCUGAAUGCUGCCAUCGAAGUCUACAAGACCCAGUUAGAUUCUCCUGAGGUCGAGAUGGCUACUAAGGCUGCUCUUGUUGCCGAAUGGGCCCGCCUUUUGUGGAAGAUCAAGGGCGCCCCCGAUGAUGCCCGCAAGGUGUUCCAAGAAAACCAGCAGUACUACCUUGACAGCCGUCCUUUCUGGACAAGUUAUCUUAUGUUUGAGAUUGAUCAGCCUACUAGCGCUACAACCGAAUCGGUCCAAUACGAGCGCAUCAAGAAGGUCAUCUCUGAUGUUCGGUCUAAGAGUACAUUGCUUCCGGAGGUCGUUAGGGAACUAGUUGAGAUCUACAUGGCAUACCUUCUGGAGCGAGGCACCCAAGACAUCGCUAAGGAGUAUAUGACCCUAGAUCGUGAGGUGCAUGGACCACCAUCGGUGGCUGCUGCCCGAACUGGUGGUACUGUUGUUGUUCCACCUACCCCUGCUGAUGGACAACCCACUCCUGUCCCCAUGCCUCAACCUACCCCUGAACAGGCGAUUGCGGCACAAGACCCAGCAUAUGCAUACUACCAGCAGACUCCCGUCAACGCUCAACCUGUUGCCUAA